CUCUUGGUGGCGUGGCGGGCCGCGCAGCUGCUGCACUCCAACUCUCCAAGAGAGAAGGAAUCGCGACUUCGCCGCCGCGGCCGCAACACCGACUUCGCCGGCGGCGGCGGCGAUGGGCAACGCGCAGGCUUCCGCCUCCUCCACCAGCUCCCCCCGCUUCUCCAUGGCGUCCAGGGCCUUCUCGAGGCAGGAGCUGGACGACCUCCGCGCGCUGUUCGUCUCGCUGGCGGCGCAGUCGCAGACCGGCGGCCGUGCCAUCUCCCGCCCCGUCUUCCUCGUGAGCACACCACCACGCGAGUAUUUCGGGAUACGUGGGGCGCUCGGGGAUCGGCUGUUCCAGCUGGUGGCGAGGGAGAGCGGCGGGGGUGAGGGGGUCACCUUCGAGGACUUGAUCGUCUCCAAAGCAACAUACGAGAGAGGAACUCGAGAUGAAGUUGAUGAAUUCAUUUAUCAACUAUGUGAUGUUACAGGAGAUGAAGUCUUAGAAAGGUCUGAUCUGGAAACUAUCUUGGCAUCUAUUCGUGAAACCAUAUUUUCAGAAAAUAAGGAAGCUGGGGAAGGCUCAAACAAGAGGACAUUUGAAGCAUUUAUCAACUCUGCAGUAUUUUCGAAGGAUGCUGAAGGAGUCGCAAGGAAGUCUAUGUCGCUAUCAGACUUUAGGAGCUGGUGCAUUCUCAUUCCAUCCUUGAGGAAGUUCCUUGGAAGUUUGUUGAUGCCUCCUGAUUCAGGCAGACCAGGCUUCCAAGUACCAGCGCUUCAUUACCUAGAAAACAUCUCCCCAGAUUUGCUACUUUUAAAUAAAGAGUAUGCUUGGCAUAUUGGAGGUGGUUUUUCACAACAGGAGGUGCAAGAAUGGAGGCUUCUAUAUCACAGUUCUCUUCAUGGACAAAGCUUCAACACUUUCUUAGGCAAUGUAACGAAUGGAGAUGCACAGACUGUUAUCAUCGUUAAAGAUACUGAAGGAUUUGUUUUUGGUGGAUACGCAUCACAUCCUUGGGAAAGGCACAGUGAUUUUUAUGGUGAUAUGAAAACAUUCCUGUUCAAGUUAUAUCCUGAAGCAUCCAUUUUCCGCCCUACAGGAGGGAACAGAAACCUCCAAUGGUGUGCCGUGAACUUCAGCUCUGACUCCAUUCCAAAUGGCAUUGGCUUUGGAGGGCAGCCGCAUCACUUCGGUUUUUUCCUAUCCGCAAAUUUUGAUCAAGGGCACUCAUUUACAUGUACCACAUUCACCAGUCCUGCCCUUUCAAAGACAAAUAGGUUCAGGCCAGAGGUAAUUGAAUGUUGGGGCAUACAAACGAAGGGGGCACUUGAUGAAAAGGCAGAGCUUGUCAAGGGGACAGUCCUAGAGAGAUUCAAGGAGGAUCGGAACAUGCUGAAGCUGGUUGGUUUGGCGAACGCGAGUGAUUGACAGCUGAAAGAGGAUCACCACGGCAAAUUCCUGAGGACCCUGUACAGCACAAUUUUACAGAAGAAGAUAGAUCCUUAUAUACGAUUGUCACUGCUGAACUGAGCUUUAUGAAACUUGUUUAGCUGCAAGUUGGUCUGUACUGUGUGUUGUGGCUGUAUUAGAUCAACUUCAAUGCCGAAUUCGAGAUAUGAUGAGAGAGAAACUGACUGUAUUUUGAAACAUUGUCUAUUUGUUUGUUAAUAUAAAUGUUGACUGCUGAAUAUAGAUGUAUGACAUGUACUUUAAUAAAAAGAUACUCCCUUCAUUUCUAAAUA